AUGCAAUGCACCGAGGAAUACUUGUUUGACAGAGACAAACAAUUGGGAAGGUGUCUGAGGGAGAUUCUUUUGGAAGACUACUGCUUUGAGCUUGGAGGCGAGGAGAGGACACCUUUUGAAAUAAAGAAAGGAUUUCUGUGGUAUGGAAGAUACAAGGUUAUUAAAAUCGAUGGGGAUUGGGCAUAUCUUCAUGGAUACAAGCUGUUUGUUGCAAAAGACAGGCUCCGGGUUUAUGAGCUACCUCUUGGACAGUCACGUAGUCUUGGGGAUUUGAUAGUGAAGGAAGGUAGUAUGGUCUUGGCUGAAAGGGAUGGAAAGCGAUGGAACUUGGCAGCGAUAUGCGAAGAAAAAGUUUUGGAUGUAGCCUUUUCAAAGGACAAGGCAUGGAUAUGGUAUAGCGAGGGGGAAGAAGAAGAGUACUUGUGCAAGAGUAUCUAUCUGUUGAAAGAUUCGGAAUGGGUUAAAUGGAAGAAAGAGACUUAUAGAGAGAGUGGAGAGGAGAUUCUUCGGAUACAAGAUAUAGUUGUCAGAAAAAAGACGGUGGUACGGAAUCCACUAAGAGUAUGGAGUAAAGUAUUAAUGAAUGAAGUGGUGAGCAUAGUGGUAACUGAAGAUAUGGUGUAUGUGGAGUGUGGGGGAUACAUCAGUUUGAAGCCCUGUUGUGGAGGCAUCUAUGAUAUGGACGGAUGCAGGCUUCUUGGGCUGUCUUCUUGGGAAAAUAUAUCUGAUCUGUAUCUAACACUUCUUCUGUUUACUGACAUUGCAGUAGAGAACUUGGAGCUGGAGAGGAUUGAGGAAUAUCUCUUCAAGCUGUUUGUUUUUACCGAAGAAGGAGAAAGGCUUGUCAAGUGGUUAAUGGAAUCGGGGAUGGACGAAAAAAAAGAGAUGAUUGUUUGCAAGCUGUACAGGAAGAUAGAUGAUAGGGGCAAGAGAAAGAUAGAGGGAUGGGUGAGAAGAGUGAAGAACUUGGAUGCAUUGAAGCUGGUGAUUAUAUACUUUCCAGAGGAAAUGGAAAGAUACAUCCGGAUGUGUAUAGAGGAAAAGAGAGAGUAUGAGAUAGAAGAGGUUAUCGAACACUAUCGAGGGAGCGAGAUGAUGAAGGAGAUAUCCCGUGUUCUACUUCAGAACAACUGCUUCUAUCUCUUUAGCCAAUGUAUGCCUGAAUAUGAGGGAAGCUUUGGAGAUGUGGUUCUAGUUGAGAAGUACAACAUGGAAAGCCAGAAGAACAUACGACUGGAAAGGGAUAGGAAGAUUUGA